AUGUCUGCACAAAGUGACAGGAUGAGACGUGGAGCUCAAGAUCUUCGUGGGCUUGCUACAGACCCUCCCAGUACUAGCAAGAAACGGGGAAGAGAAAUCUUACCUAAUCAAGGACCUGGACAGUAUUCAUGUAGUGGGUGUGGCAAAGUUUACCGCUGGAAGUGUAACUUAACAACUCAUGAACGCUUGGAGUGUGGCAAGGAACCUUGUUUUAAGUGUCCUGUUUGUCCUCAUCGCUCCAAAUUUAGGGGCAAUCUAUAUAAGCAUGUUCUGAGCAAGCAUCCUGAAGUUGACGCUCAAAGUUUCAGACGAGAGCUUAAUUUAAAGCAGCAACUUCUGCAUAAAACAGCUGUAGAGUGA